ACGAUACCGCUCAGCCGUUGAGUGGUCACUCAUUUUGCAACGGAAUCCUUCCGACGAAGAAGUCUUGAAGCUGCUAAUAUGAUCGCUCGCACUGCUCUCAAGCGCUCUCUGGGCGUGUUUUCCCGCCCGGCCGCCAAUGUGGCUGCCCCUGCCUUCGGACAGUCCCGCAUGUACCACGAGAACGUGAUUGAUCACUACGAGAACCCGCGCAAUGUUGGUGCCAUGGACAAGAACGCCAAGGACGUCGGCACUGGUCUCGUGGGCGCCCCUGCUUGCGGCGAUGUGAUGAAGCUGCAGAUCCAGGUGGAUGAGAACGGAACGAUUGUGGACUCUAAGUUCAAGACUUUUGGUUGUGGCUCGGCCAUCGCGUCUUCGUCGGUGGCCACCGAGUGGCUCAAGGGCAAGUCGGUGGAGGAUUGCCUCAAGAUCAAGAACACGGACAUCGCAUCGCACCUGAAACUGCCGCCCGUCAAGCUGCACUGCAGCAUGCUGGCAGAGGACGCCAUCAAGGCCGCUAUCUCGGACUACAAGCGCAAGCAGACCGCAUCGGCCUAAGAUGGCACAGUAAAGCAACAGUCUUGUCGCCGCCAUGCUCACCGAUAUGCUCAUUGAGGGCAGAAAAAAUCAAGUGAUGGUGAUAAAUUGGCGCUCAGCCUGGGCGCAGCUUGGCUCACGUUGAGAAGACAGGUCAAAGAAAAGCAUACAGUAUUGCAGGAGACCGAGAAAGCUGUGAAAUAAUCAGUUGCUAAUUUAUUGCGUGCCACCAGCUAAGCAUGUGCUUUGUUUGCUCUCA